AUGAAGGGGCUACUGGUUCUGACGGCUCUUUUUGUAGCUGUCUUUUGCAAAGAGACUUUUGAGGGACAUCAGGUUCUUCGGAUCACCGCACAAGAUGCAGCACAGAUCGCUCUCCUGAAAGAGCUCUCUGAACAACAACAUCUUAGGAUGGACUUUUGGAUGGAGCCCAUUCACGAGUCUCUUCCUGUUGAUGUCCGUAUCCCAUUCGACAGUCUCCAGGCUGUCAGGGUUUUUCUGGCAUUCAAUAACAUCCAGUAUCGUGUCAUGAUCGAGGAUGUCCAGGAUUUGCUGGAGGAGGAGCAACGUCAGAUGUUAAAACAUCGUGCUGUUAGCACUGAUGACUUUAUCUACAGUAACUACCAUGACUUGAGCACUAUUUACUUAUUCAUGAAUAUGCUCGUGGCAGAGAACAGCGGUCUGGUUAGACAAAUUCAAAUUGGUCAGAGCUACGAGGGUCGCCCUUUGAACGUCCUGAAGUUCAGCACUGGAGCAAACCGUCCCGGCAUCUGGAUCGACACUGGCAUCCACUCCAGAGAAUGGGUCACACAGGCCAGUGGAAUUUGGUUUGCCAAGAAGAUUGUGAAUGACUACGGACGCGACUCCAUCCUUACAGACAUCCUUAACAAGUAUGACAUCUUCCUGGAGAUUGUCACCAACCCUGAUGGCUACCAGUUCACCCACAGCAGCAACCGCAUGUGGCGUAAAACCAGAAAGCCAAACCCCGGCUCCAGCUGUGUUGGAGUUGACCCCAACAGGAACUGGGAUGCUGGUUUUGGAGGGGGUGGUUCUAGUAACAAUCCCUGUACUGAGACCUACCGUGGACCCAGCCCUCAUUCAGAGCCAGAGGUCAAAGCCAUUGUGGACUUUGUGAAAUCUCACGGCAACAUCAAGGCUUUUGUGUCCAUUCACAGCUAUUCCCAAAUGCUCCUAUACCCAUACGGAUACAAGUCCACUCCUGCCAAAGACCAGGCAGAACUGCAUGAGCUAGCCAGAAAGGCCAUCACUGAACUGCAGUCUUUGUAUAACACUCGCUACACUUACGGCAGCAUCAUUACCACCAUCUACCAAGCCAGUGGAGGUACUAUUGAUUGGACCUACGACCAGGGCAUCAAGUACUCCUACACCUUUGAGCUGAGAGACACCGGUCGCUAUGGUUUCAUUCUGCCUGCCAAUCAGAUCAUCCCCACUGCUCAGGAGACAUGGCUCGCUCUGAUGGCCAUUAUGGAGCACACUAAGAAUAAUCCAUAUUAA